GGAAAGAGAAGUAGAGAAACUAAGGAAAGAGAAGCAGACUUUUUUUGCCGAGAAACAAAGUGAUUCAGGAAGAGAUGGAUAGCCAGAAAAUUCAAACCGAGAAGGAGCCAAAAGCAGCAGUUUCUACGACAACUUCUUGCAGGAAGUAUGUCAAUGACGACAACGCUACUUUCCUUGCAAACCUCAAAGACCACUUCAACGAGUUCAUCAAGGCCUCUAUGGACGAACACAAGACUUGCUUCAAAAACACCAUCGACAAGAUAUUCGGGAGCUCAAAGGAGGUUGAGACUAAGGAAGUCUAGAGUCAUGCACCUGUUCAGGCAGCAGAUUCUACUUGAAGUUGUCAUUCUUGUCUAAAGCUUCAAUGUUCCUUUUGCACAACCUUCAAGUUUUUUCUUCUUUUUAUUAUCUUAGCUGAACUUAUAUGUCUCUAUCAUGUUGCAAAAAUUCUCAAGUGCUUGGGUGUUAAUAAAAUCAAAGAACCAGCUUUCUAACCCCUUU